GGUCCAAUCAUUAAUUGCAGUGCCGUGAAGUAACUGUCAACCUCAAAAGCUCAAGCUCAGUGCCAGUUAGGGGGAUCCAAAAAAUGCAAUUGAUGUCAUCUGUCUCCUGGCUUGGGGACAUUGGCAAAUAUCUUUUGGCAUUGAUCAUUCCUUGCAACAUACUGAGAAAAAAUCCAUGAUGCUAAAAUGCUGAGUAUAUACUGGGCAUACAAACUCUCUUGGCACUGGGUUGCAAGCAUUGUGAACUUUGGUGGGAGGGAGCAGAAUAGUAACACACCUUUCUGCUUCAUUCCAUAGACCCUUGGGUGAAGGGAAUAUCUAAAGUAAAUCAAAUUGGCAGUUUUAGGGCCAAAACAAAUAGCUCUUAUCUCAGAGCCACAGGCUUCUGUUGCUUUAGUGGUAUAAAUGCACAUAGGGCAGUGCUGCAAGUCACCCGUGCAGGCCAAGCUAAGUCAAACCCCUGUGUGAGCAGGAGACACCAGAGUGCAAAAAUGGGACCUUUGCGAAGAGGAAGCCUGAUGGGACAGGUAUACUUUUCAAAAAUAGGUACAAAUAGUAUGUGUAAUAAGUUGUUUCAGCUAUUAGAAAAAACCACGGUUAUCUCUUGUAUCUCCAUUCGGGAACACCUGAAGAAGGAUGCAUAGUACCAUACUGUAUAGGUUGGGUUUUUUUUAAGGCGACUAUAAAUAUGUUAGGGACCCAGGUGGCACUGUGGGUUAAACCAUAGAGUCUAGGGCUUGCUGAACAGAAGGUCGGCGGUUCGAAUCCCUGCAACGGGGUGAGCUCCCGUUGCUCGGUCCCAGCUCCUGCCCACCUAGCAGUUCGAAAGCACAUCAAAGUGCAAGUAGAUAAAUAGGGACCGCUCCGGCGGGAAGGUAAACAGCGUUUCCGCGCGCUGCUCUGGUUCGCCAGAAGCAGCUUUGUCAUGCUGGCCACACGCAUGUCUGCGGACAAAUGCUGGCUCCCUCGGCCUAUAGAGCGAGAUGAGCGCCGCAACCCCAGAGUCGGACAUGACUGGACCUGAUGGUCAGGGGCCCCUUUACCUAUAAAUCUGUUAGGCUGAUAAGUGUAGCAAGCAAAAUGAGAUCCAAUUGAUUAUGUGUCAUUACAUUGCUUUCUUCAGCCUCUUAGUAAGUUGUGAAGAACACAAAGCAGGGCAUUAAGGUGGCAUCAGGUAUUUGGAAGGGAUUUUCAGGUACGAGCAGCAGCAGUUGAGAGUGGUCAAAAGCCAUGUAGGGCUGCCGUCCCUAUUGUGCAGAAGCUCAGAUUGUUAGCAGGAAACUUCAUAGUAGCCAUGUGACUAAUGCUAAGAGGUGGAAAAGUUAUGGGGCAGAGAAAUAACAGGAAAUCAGGCUUGACCAGGAAGAGCUUUGAAGGUGAGGGAUUUGUUUCGGAUGUUAAGGUUCAAGCAUACCUCAAAUAUGCAAAAUAAAAAAAUUCCUUCAGUAGCACCUUAAAGACCAACUAAGUUUUUAUUUUGGUAUGAGCUUUCGUGUGCAUGCACACUUCUUCAGAUACAGUGAAAUAGAAGUCCCCCGAUGGACUUCCAUUUCAUGCGGCUCAAUGUGGUGCCUUCCAUAGUUCUGGUUACAGGUAGGUAGCCGUGUUGGUGCAUGCACACGAAAGCUCAUACCAAAAUAAAAACUUAGUUGGUCUUUAAGGUGCUACUGAAGGAAUUUUUUUAUUUUACUUCGACCCAGACCAACACGGCUACCUACCUGUAACCUCAAAUAUGCAAAAAUAUGAAAAUCUGAUAGGGAAUUCUUUUAUGGCGCGGUAUCCUGUCCAUGUUGCUUGUGUGUCAUGCUUACCUUUGUCAAAAACAGUCCAUGUUAGUUGUUACCGGUAUGCUUGUACAGUAUGGGUCUGGUGUCAUUUUAUACAUACAAAGAGCCGGAUUUAGGUGUGAUGAGGCCCUAAGCUACUGAAGGUAAUGGGGCCCUUUAUAUGUCCGGCUGUCCUUUGUCAACAACUAAUUGUUGCUGUUUUUUGUGUUGAAUAUGUGCUAUAUGGUAAUUUAUAGACCUAAUAGGUAUUUAAGCCAUUUGCACAUAACAAAUAGGAGCCUACACAACACAAAACACUGUUGCUGUAUGUAGGUUUUAUUUUAUUUUAUUUUUAUCUUAUGUACAUGUACAUAAGAUAAAAAUGCACAUCCAGUUGUUUUUUCCCUUUUAAUAUUUUUGGGGCCCCAAGAGAGUGGGGCCCUAAGCUACAGCUUGUUUAGCUUAUAGGUAAAUCCGGCACAGAGCUCUAACAGUUGUAGCCGGUCUUCAGGUGUAGCACCUAUUUCCUUCUUGAAAGCCUCCCAGGGGCAACGCCUGCUACUCCGCCAGGGGCGAGGGAGGCACUCUGCACAUGCUCAGGCGCAAAUAGCAUAAAAUAAACCGCCACCCUCCCGUGGCGGGGUCUCCCAUUCUCGGCCACUUUUCCCCAAGCGGACAGGCAGAGAUUCACCAGGUGAAGCCUUGCCCGCAUUCCUAGGAAGGCGAACGCGCCAGCGCCGCCCACUCCGCCGCACGCGCAUCAAGGGAAGCGGGUCACGUGGAGGAACAAAGCCCUCCCGCCGUCACGUGACCCGAUUCCAGUCGCGGACUCUCGCUGGAGAAGGGGAAGAAGCGGCGACAUGGUGGCGGCCAAGCGGGCGCUGCCGCGGCUGGUGGCUUCGCUGCGGCCGCUCAGCUCAACAGCAGCUGGUACGCUUCCCAAAUAUGUGAAAAUAGUUGAGGUCGGUCCAAGAGAUGGCUUGCAAAAUGAAAAGAAUAUCGUCCCCACCCAUGUGAAAAUUGACUUAAUCAACCUGCUGUCGGAAACGGGUCUUUCGGUCAUAGAAGCUACCAGUUUUGUGUCUCCCAAAUGGGUUCCUCAGAUGGCUGAUCAUACUGAAGUCAUGCAAGGGAUUCGGAAGGUUCCUGGGAUCAGCUACCCUGUUUUGACUCCCAACCUCAAAGGCUUCCAAGCAGCGGUGGCAGCAGGAGCUAAGGAGGUGUCAAUCUUCGGGGCAGCAUCAGAACUUUUCACAAAGAAGAACAUCAACUGUUCCAUUGAGGAGAGCCUGAACAGAUUCAGUGACGUCCUGAGUGCAGCUAGAGAAACCAGCAUCCCGGUCCGAGGGUAUGUCUCCUGUGUCCUUGGCUGCCCAUAUGAAGGCAAGAUUGCUCCGGCUAAAGUAGCAGAAGUUUCAAAGAAAAUGUAUGCCAUGGGGUGCUAUGAGAUUUCCCUUGGCGAUACCAUCGGGGUUGGGACCCCCGGCAACAUGAAGGACAUGCUGUCUGCUGUCAUGAAGGAGGUGCCUCUUGGAGCACUGGCUGUUCACUGCCAUGACACUUAUGGGCAGGCACUCGCCAACACGCUGGUAGCGCUUCAGAUGGGUGUGAAUGUGGUUGAUUCCUCAGUCGCUGGCCUUGGUGGCUGCCCCUAUGCCCAAGGAGCAUCUGGGAAUGUGGCCACGGAAGACAUGGUGUACAUGCUCAAUGGUCUUGGCAUCCACACUGGUGUGGACCUCACGAAACUUCUGGAAGCAGGAACCUUUAUUUGCAAGGCCUUGAACAGGAGGACCAAUUCGAAAGUGGCACAGGCCUCCUGCAAACUGUGAAGCAAAGCAGUGCCUUUACGGGACUUGUUGGAAGCGAAAUUACAAGCGGCACUCUGGAAUCUGCCAUGUUUGCACUUGCUCUCCUCUCCUAACUUUAUUUAAGCACUCUCCAGUGGUCUCCGGGCUCGACGGCAGGAAGAUGAGGCAGCCAAAUUUUACCCUGAAAAGAGACAUUAAAAAAGUAGUCUAGAGCACUGUAUUUGCACUUGGUUGGAUAUCUUGGGCUUUGCAAAGAACCUGAGUCCUUCCCACAGGUCACAACUUGCCUCCAAGGAACAAAUUUGUUGCAGUGGGUCAUAAAAAGAGCCCUGCUGGGUUGGGCCAAAGGCCUAUUAUAUUCCAGCAUUUUGUUCUCACAGUGGCUAACCAGAGCCCUAUGGGACGCUCACAAGCAGGACCUGAGGGCUCUCCUCAUCUGAGGUUUGCGCCAAAUGAUAUUCAGAUUUAUACUGCUUCUGACAGUGGAGGGACAACCUAGCCAUAGUGGUUCAUAGCCUUAUCUACCAUGAAUUUGCCUUUUAAAGACAUCCAAGUUGGGGGGGGGGUUGUCACUACAUAUUUUGGGAGCAAAUGCCCUCGUUUAAGAACUGCAGUUUGUGAAGAAGCACUUUCUUUUCCCUGUCUUGACUCUUCCAACAUCAAUUGGAGCUUUUUAAAACAUUCAUCUUCAUGGGAGCAUCCUGAGUUCCUAUAUACCUCUACCCUUAUUUGUAUUUUUGGACCCUACAUUUGCUUGGGCCAUAAUUUUAUCUUUUCCUCUUCUCUCAUUCGGAGUCUCCCAUGUGACAUUGUGGUUGUGUCAACAGUGCGCUGCGGAGUUUAACCCCCCCCCCGAUGCCUUUCUCAAUCAACUCAUGGGGAUAUAAGUGGGCAACCCAAAGCAGGCAAUAGUUUUUGCCUUCUGUUCACCACACCUAUCCCAAGGCUGUCCCACUUGCAAAAAAAGAAUCAACCAAUUAAAUAUGCUUCUUUCUAUAUCUAAAAGCAAGUACUGUAGCCUCUCUGAAACCUUUGCUGAAAUCUUCUUGUUGGGCCUCAGAGGGUGGGAGCCUGGUCUGACUCCCAAUUCCUGUCCCCCAAAGACUCCCUCUCAUAGGACAAGCCCAUCACAAGCUCCUCCUGCUGCCAGUGUUCAUGCCAGUUCAGCCUCCCCACAUUCUGUGGGGCAUGCUCAGUUUCCUACCUGCUUCAUUCCUCCUUGCGCCAGUAGGGGGUGAUGGCUUCCAAUCCUGGGAGAAGAGGUGUAGCUGGGUUUGUGUGCCACUGAGGGAUGGUGUGCCUGCCCCUAGAUUUGGGCCGCUGCAGCUGAUUGAUCCUUGCACUGUUCCAGCCCCUGACCCAGAUUGCCAGCUAAGGGGGGUGGCUUCCUUUCACGCUUGUCCCUCUGCUCCAUUUUCCUCCCCCUACCCCUUUUCGUUCUCCAGGAGUUGGUGUCAGAAUGGCAAUGGCAACCUUCCUUCCCUGGUACAAAGCUGCACCAGCUAUGCUUACUUCCAGCCAAAAAUAAAUGAUACCAUGGGUGACACAGCUGCUAAUAGCUUGGUGCGGAUAAUGCCAAGGUUCCAUGUUUGAUCCCCGUAUGGGACAGCUGCAUAUUCCUGCAUUGCAGGCGGUUGGACUCGAUCAGGCGUCCCCAAACUUCGGCCCUCCAGAUGUUUUAGACUACAAUUCCCAUCAUCCCUGACCACUGGUCCUAUUAUCUAGGGAUCAUGGGAGUUGUAGGCCAAAACAUCUGGAGGGCCACAGUUUGGGGGUGCCUGGACUAGUUGAUCCUCAGGGUCCCAACUUUACAAUUCUGUGAUUCUGUGUCAUCCUAAUGUCCAUAUGGCGCUCACCCGUUUGCUUCCCAAUUCCUUCACUGCUUAUAGUUCCCUUUCCCUUCCUUUGUUAGGUUCUUAAGUCUUUCUGAAGAUGAGGAACUGCAAAGGCUCCAGGGCUUGAUAGCUUUCCAGCAAUUCUAACAGACCUGUGCUAGAGGAAUUGGUGCCAAACUAUUGUUAGCUUCUUGUUGCUGGGGAAAUCCUUCAGAACUGGUUAGAGCAAAGGUAGCACUCCAGCUGUUUUGGGACUACAACUCCCAUAAUCCCUAGCUAACAGUACCAGUGGUCAGGGAUGAUGGAAAUUGUAGUCCCAAAACAGCUGGAGGGCCAAGUUUGGCCAUGCCUGCCUUAGGGGUACAUGUGGUGUUCAAUAUGCCAGGCACAUGUGUUGAUACCCAUGCUGGCUAGGGCUGAUGGGAGUAGGAUGUCCAGCACAUCUGGAGGGCUGAAAUAGAAUAUUUGGAAAGGGGUUGUUCUGGUUUUUUAAUAUAUAAAGUAAAUGGAAGGGAAUUAUUAGGUAAAUAAGCAAGUUGUGCCUGGUCUUGGACAGGGAUGGCUUGGCCACUGUGACCCCUGCAUUGGUAACCUCAAGGCUGGACUGUUUUAACACACACUAUAGGGAGCUGCCCUGAAGGCUAUUGUAGAAGCUGCAGCUGGUAUGAAAUGCAGCUGCUAGGCUACAGGCUGGGGCAACAUGCACAUGUUACACUAAUCUAAGGAGUUGCACUGACUGCAAACAAGCUGCUGGGCCAGGCUUUUAAGGAUUUUGGUAAUGACUUAUACUGCCCUAAGCAACUUGGUACUAGGAUCCCUGAGGCUCUUCCUGUUGGGCUGCAGCCUAUGGAGCUACAGUUUGCAGCCGCUGGAGGGAGAGUCUUUUCAGUGGUGGCACCCGUACUAUUAAACCACCUGCCUUCAGAGAGCAGAAAAUAUGCCUAAACCUCAUUACUUUGUACAUCUUAAAAACCAGCACCCAGGAUUCUGGUGCUGUUUUGGUUUCAGAAUAAAGCUACCCUAGAUUUUCAGUUGCGUUUUCUUCCCACAUUUUAAUGUUUUGAUAUGUAUUUUAAUAUUAUUGUACACCACCUUGAGACUUGAUGUGGGAGGUGGUAUAGAAAUGUUUUAAAUAAAGUAUUGGUUAUAAAAUCUGUUGUUCAUUUUUGGAAUUGCUGUGGGUGGGCAAGGGGAGUGGAAUGGAGGGCAUAUCAGGAUCUUAAUGAAGAGCACAAGCUUAACUGUGCGAUACAGCAGCAAAAAAAGCUAAUGCAAUCCAAGGCUGCAUCAACAAAUGUCCAGAUCAAGGAACGUAAUAGUGCCGCUCUAUUCUGCCUCGGUCAGACCACACCUGUAAUACUGUGUCCAAUUUAAGGAGGGUAUUGACAAGCUGAAGUGUACAGAGAUUAUCAAGAGUCUGGAAACCAAGCCUUACGAGGAACAGUUUUAAAAAAUGUUUUCAAGGUCUGCUCCCCUGCGCCUUUAACAGCCUGGAAAGCAGAAAUGUAACAGAGAGAGCUUUCCCUAUCUCUGUGUAUAUCCUUAUGUCUAGAAAAGCUACACCUGCUAGGUUUUCUUUGCAGGAGCAGGGCAGUAAAAAUGUUGGCGGCUCAAUUCCUACAUUGCUGCUUUUGCAGGGAACAAGAGAAUUAAGCUCCGUGCCAGUUCAAUCUACUUUCUGGCCCCCAUUGCAGGUAUGUUGAAACACAGUCACACCCUGUGGGUGUGCAGAGUCAGUUACACGGCUGGGAGCCAACCUGCUUCAGAGAACAGGAUAUAGAGACUCCAGAGACACAGUUCCUGGUCAGAGAUCAAAGGGGGAGGGGCAUGAUGGAGUAGAACUCACCUGGGCAGGCCAGACACCUGCAAGUGGAAAUAAAGCCUUAGGAGGAAUGGUUGAAGGAGUUGGGUAAGUUUAGCCUGGAGAAGAGAAGGCCGAGAAGUGAUAUGAUAGCCAUCUUCAAAUAUCUAAAGGGCUGUCACAUGGACGAUGGAGCAAUGCUUGUUUUCUGCUGCUCCAGGAGGUAGGAGCUGAACCAAUGGAUUCAAAUUACAAAUAAGAAGAUUCCAAGUAAACAUCAGGAAGAACUUUCUGACAGAGCUGUUUGACAGUAGUACAGACUCCCUUGGAGGUGACGGACUCUGCUUCCCUGAAGGCAUUUUAAACAGAGAUUGAACAGCUGUCUACCAGGGAUUCUUCAGCCGUAAUUCCUGCAUUGCAGGGGGCUGGACUAGAUAGCCCUUGGAGUCCCUUCCAACUCUUAAGAUUCUACGACUUCCUUAACAAUGCCCCAAAUCUGGAGCUGGGGUGGGAGGGUGGCUCCCAAGA